AGUAUCCCUAGUCGGAGCGAAUACGAAUGCAUAAACUUGGACAAAAAUAAACGUAGGUCCUUAUUCACAUAUAUGUAUAUCUAUUCUGCAAGGGAAGGGCCAGUUGGGUUGGAAGAGAGAGCGAAAGAUGCAGAGAGAUCCUGCACCUGCAACAAUGGGGAAUUUGGAGGAUAUGAAGGAGUGGCCGUAGAGUGACUCUCUCUCUCUCUCUCUCUCUCUCUCUCUCUCGCGAAACUCCAAAUUCUGAGUCUGAAUCCGAAAUCCCAAUAAUGCUCUCGCUGAAACAUGUAGCCAAAUCUAAUGCUUUUCUCUCCCGACUGGCCACCGUGAUCUCCACCUCUCAAUCCUUGUCUUCUUCUUUGUCUCUAUAUCCCCACUUCUAUUACACUGCUUCUUUUUCCUCUAACCAGAACACUCAUUUCCUCCCUGCUUCCACCGACUUCUUGGCCUCCUCCUUCAAGGAUUGGUUCAAGCUCCACAACAACCAACUUUUGGACCGAAUUUUCGGCAUCUUAGGUGCCCAGGCUGACGACGAUUUACCCUCCCGCCGCGCCGCCGACCUCGCUCUCUCUCAGCUUGGCCUCCGUCUCUCCGAAUCCUUCGUGUUGGAGGUUCUCGGGUAUGGCAGUGACGUCCUCUCCUGCCUCAAGUUCUUCGACUGGGCCGGCCGCCAGCCUGGCUUCCACCACACCCGCGCCACCUUCUACGCUAUCUUCAAAAUCCUAUCCAAGGCCAAGCUCAUGUCCCUCAUGCUCGACAUCCUCCACAACUAUAAGACACAGCGAUACUUUCAUAGGGUUCGUUUCUACGACACUUUGGUCAUGGGAUACGCUGUCGCGGGUAAGCCCGAUAUUGCGCUUCAAGUGUUUGGUAGAAUGCGGUUUCAAGGUCUUGACUUGGAUUCUUUUUCUUAUCACGUGCUUCUGAAUGCUUUGGUGGAGGAGAGUUGUUUCGACGCGGUUGAUGCCAUUCUUAAGCAGAUUCAAAUGCGAGGUUUUGAGAAUGGGAUCACUCAUUCGAUAACGGUGAAGAAUUAUUGCAAGCAGAACCGGUUGGACGAAGCGGAGGCUUUCUUGCGUGGGUUGAUGAGUGAAGGACGAGAAUUGGACGGCCAUGGAGUGAGCGGGCUUGUGGAUGCGCUUUGUAAGAGUAAUGAGUUUGAGAAAGCAGGGAAGUUGGUCGAGGAGUUUCGGGAGUCGGGGAUGGUUGCAAUGGAGAAUGCUUAUGGGGUGUGGAUGAGGGAUCUGGUUCAGGCUGGGAGGUUAGAUGGGGCUUUGGAAUUCCUACGGAGCAAGAAGUCAAUGGAAGGGUAUGUUCCUGAGGUGUUUCGGUACAAUGUUUUGUUAUGUCGGCUUUUGAGGGAGAAUCGGCUCGAGGAAUUGUGUGAUUUGCUGAUGGAGAUGAAGGAGGGUCAGAUAUCCCCUGAUAAGGUCACUAUGAAUGCAGCAUUGUGCUUUUUUUGUAAAGCCGGGAUGGUUGAUGUUGCACUCAAGUUGUACAAUUUGAGGUUUGCAUUCGGGCUCUCUCUUAAUAGCAUGGCUUAUAACUAUUUGAUCAAUACUCUAUGCGGUGAUGGAAGCAUCGAUGAAGCAUAUCGUGUGUUAAAAAAUUCUAUUGACCAAGGCUAUUUCCCAGGUAGGAAAAUGUUUUCUGUGCUUGCUGAUGCUUUGUGCAGAGAGGGAAAGCUUGAUAAGAUGAAGGAGUUGCUCAUGGUUGCCUUGCAGAGGAAUUUUAUGCCAAGUACUUCCAUAUACGACAGGUUUAUUUCUGCUUUGUGCAAGGCUAGGAGGGUAGAAGACGGGUAUUUAAUACAUGGGGAACUUAACAGAAUGAAUAAAGUUACCUCGAUGAAUACUUACUUUAACUUGAUACAUGGUUUUAACAAGUCAAACAGGGGAGAUAUUGCAGCGAGACUUCUUAUUGAGAUGCAAGAAAGGGGUCACACCCCGACUCGAGCCUUGUUCAGAGCUGUUAUUAGAUGUUUGUGUGAUAUGGAAAAUCCGGAAAAGCAAUUUCUCAAAUUAUUGGAGAUCCAGUUGUCUCAUCAUGAACCCAAUUGUGAGCUUUACAACUUUUUUAUUGACGGAGCUGGCCAUGCCAAAAGGCCUGAGCUGGCUAGAGAAGUAUUUGAGAUGAUGCGGAGAAGUGGGGUUGAGCCCAAUCGGAGUUCUCACAUUCUUAUGUUGCAGAGUUAUCUAAAAAGCGAAAGAAUUUCUGAUGCUUUGAAUUUCUUUAGAGAUUUGCACCAGAGAAGAAAGAUUGGAGGGAAACUAUACAAUCCCAUGGUUGUUGGUCUUUGCAAAGUCAACAAGGUGGAUGUUGCAUUGGAUUUGUUCGGGGAGAUGAGGGAUUAUAGAAUUGUUCCAAGUAUUCAAUGCUACGAGUCUCUAAUAAAGCUCUUGUGCUCGAGUAAAAAGUAUGAUACUGCAAUAAACCUUAUUAAUGAUUUGGAGAAACUCGGCCGUCAUGUAACAUCCUUUAUCGGUAAUGUACUCUUGUUCCAUUCUUUGAAGACUCAAGAGCUUUAUGAAACUUGGAUUCGUUUGAGAGAAGUACAGGAUGAGAGCUCUUCUGGUGGUACUUCAAUGCUUGGCCUGCUCGUUGGUGCAUUUUCUGGUCGUGUUACUGUGAGCCAACAUAUUGACAACUUGGAAGAAGUGAUUGAAAAGUGCUUCCCGCUCGACACCUACACAUAUAAUUUGUUGUUGAGAAGACUAAGCAGGAGGGAUAUGGACCUUGCUUGUGAGUAUUUCAAUCGGAUGUGUAAGAGAGGGUAUGAACCUAAUCGAUGGACUUAUGACAUCUUAGUACAUGGCUUUUUAAAACGUGGCAAGAAAGCUGAGGCUAGGAUAUGGUUAGAAGAGAUGUUGCGGAAUGGCUUUGAUCCCACAGAGGGUACCAUUAAUUUGAUGGGCAUCUAAUGGAAUCAGUGGUCUAGGUUCCAUCAGCUCGUUGAUUUUAAACAACAACAAAGUUCAUACAGUUUUCAUGAGAAAUAAUCAGUUUGAUGCCAUACUUUGAUUAGUGACAUGGCACAUAUUAGUUUUCUAAGUGUAUCUGUCAACCAUUGCAGGGAAUGAAUGAGAUGUAUUUUUUGUUUUUGUUUU